GAGUUCCCUCGCAGCAUGGCCCCCAAACGACAGUCUUCACUCCCGCCUCAAACGAAGAAACCGAGACAGCCUCCUGCCUCCAAGCCAGGGCAAACAUCAACAUCUCAGCACUUGCAUAAAGGAGAAAAAGAACAGCAAGAAGCAAUUGAACAUAUUGAUGAAGUACAAAAUGAAAUAGACAGACUUAAUGAACAAGCCAGUGAGGAGAUUUUGAAAGAACAGAAAUAUAACAAACUCCGCCAACCAUUUUUUCAGAAGAGGUCGGAAUUGAUCGCCAAAAUCCCCAAUUUUUGGGUAACAACAUUUGUCAACCAUCCACAAGUGUCUGCACUGCUUGGGGAGGAGGAUGAAGAGGCGCUGCAUUAUUUGACAAGAGUUGAAGUGACAGAAUUUGAAGAUAUUAAAUCAGGUUACAGAAUAGAUUUUUAUUUUGAUGAAAACCCUUACUUCGAAAAUAAAUUUCUCUCCAAAGAAUCUCAUCUGAAUGGGAGUGGUGAUCCAUCUUCAAAGUCCACUGAAAUCAAAUGGAAAUCUGGAAAGGAUUUGACGAAACGUUCAAGUCAAACACAGAAUAAAGCCAGCAGGAAGAGACAGCAUGAGGAACCAGAGAGCUUCUUCACCUGGUUUACUGACCAUUCUGAUGCAGGUGCAGAUGAGUUAGGAGAAGUCAUCAAAGAUGAUAUUUGGCCAAAUCCAUUACAGUACUACUUGGUUCCCGAUAUGGAUGACGAAGAAGGGGAAGGAGAAGAGGAUGAUGAUGAUGAAGAAGAAGAAGAAGGAUUGGAAGAUAUUGAUGAAGAAGGAGAUGAGGAUGAAGGUGAAGAAGAUGAAGAUGAUGAUGAGGGGGAGGAAGGAGAGGAGAAUGAAGGAAAAGAUGACUAAUGGAACACUGAUGGAUUCCAAACUUCCUUUUUUAAUUUUCUUCAGUCCCUGGGAGCAAGUUGCCGUCUUUUUUUUUCCUUUUUCUUUUUCUUUUCUCCUCUCGUGCUCAUUCGCCCUGUUUUUUGAAGUCUCCUUUUUCUCUCCCUUUAUACCAUGGUUCUCAGCUUAUUUUGGGGGGAAAUACCUUGAGCAGAAUACAGUGGGAAAAGAAUCUCUACCCCUUUUUGUUCCAAAUUCAUUUUUGUCCCUUCCUGUCUCGACAAAAACAAAAACUUUAUGGAAUCAACACCACCGUGCUCUGUGGGAAAAAAGAAAAACCUUCUGCUCCCUUAGCUCUGCUGGAAGCUGGAGGGUGCUAGGCCCCUGUGUAGUAGUGCA